GACCUUUGACUCUAUUAUCUUUAUAUACCUGGUCCACUAAGCUAUAAAAGCAGUAACAUUUAGCAUAGUCUCCCUGCAGCCUGUUCCUUCACAGUCACCGAACGUCCACAUCAAACCAGAGGCCACCAUCAUGACGAAGGACCAGAAUGGAACCUGGGAAAUGGAGAGUAAUGAGAACUUUGAAGGCUACAUGAAGGCCCUAGAUAUUGAUUUUGCCACCCGCAAGAUCGCAGUGCGUCUGACUCAGACGAAGAUCAUCACUCAAGACGGUGAUAACUUCAAGACGAAAACCAACAGCACGUUCCGCAACUACGACUUGGAUUUCACCGUCGGGGUGGAGUUUGAUGAACACACAAAGGGCCUGGACGGCCGACAUGUCAAGACCCUGGUCACCUGGGAAGGCAACACCCUCGUAUGUGUGCAGAAAGGGGAGAAGGAGAACCGUGGCUGGAAGCAGUGGGUCGAGGGAGACAAGCUGUACUUGGAGCUGACCUGCGGCGACCAGGUGUGCCGACAAGUGUUCAAAAAGAAGUGAUGGGCACGGGGAAGCCUGGAACAUGUGCAGAGUUCUCCGCCCGUUCCCGAAAGCAGCAUGGGGACUCCUCCCAUUCCUGACAGAGCCCCCUUACCUCAUCUGCCUGGGUUUAAACUGGAGUGUAUAAAAGGAGCCUACCCCCCCAACCCCAUCCCCGAACUUGUUAUUAAAGAAACAAAAUGUUCUCUCA